AUGUCUGGAUUCGAGAUCGCCGGCAUCGUUCUCGGUGCAUUUCCGAUUUUAUAUGAUGCUGCUAAGGACUUGAACGCUCGUUAUCGAGACCUCAAGUCUUGGUGGCAAUUCGAACUCGAGUUCGAGAAUUUUGUCUCAGCUGUUGAUCGCGAGUUCGUUGCAUUUACGCAGAACCACGAGAUCUUGUUGGUGCCAUUGAGUCUACCAGAUGCUGAACUUGAACUCCUUCUGAAUGACCCACAUACUCUCCUCUGGCAUGAACCUCGAAUCCAAGCUCUGUUGAGAAAGAGAAUCCAAAGUCGCUACUAUACGUGGUAUAUGCAACAGCUGAAUGAUAUCAACGACGCCAUUUCUAAACUACUUGACCUUUUGCCAAUAGAUAAAGUUUAUCAUACCGACUCAACUGGUCUCGCAAGUGAGUUCUUUAGACUUAAAUGGAGCUUCAGUCGCAAGAAAGAUGAAUUCCUGGCGACUAUAAAGGAUCGGAACGAAAGCAUCUACGCAUUCCUUGAUCGCGCUGCACACGUUGAAACGGGAAUUAAAUCAACAAGAUAUAGCUCUCUAGCAUGGCAGUAUCUUACAGCGCAAAGACAGGCCAUUUCGAUCUACGAUGCUAGCACUAUUCGACAAGAGCCGAAACGUGGGAACUUCGUUUUGGUCUUUGAAGAAGGUCCUAGACUUACAAAAAUCCAAGUAGAGGUAGUGGAAACCGGUCCUUCGGUAUCUACCAAAUCGUCCACUCAGAGCACCGAAAAGGUCCCGCGCCUCAAGCAAGACCUAGAUGUCAAAAGGCGAUACAAGCAAGUGCGUGAAAUGAGUUCCAGCCUUGCUUCUUUGGCUAUUUCUUCUCUUUCGAUCGUCGGGAGUCCCGCUAGGCCACAUCAAGUACAAAGCCGGCUUCAAAGGCUCGGUAUAAAACUCCAAAAGAAACCUCAGUCAGGAGCCAGUAUUUACGUCUCCGACCAAGCUCCGGCAACCAUCCCAGACCUGCCGCGCGUGAGGUUUGCCCAAGAUUGCGGGCCCAUGGCCCCAGAAGCAGUAAAUCAGAUCCAGGACAUGUGCUACGUUGCAAGGGGAGGGUUCGACCAACCUUUUAUAGGGUCUCUAAGUAAUGGUCCUGAAAAUCACUUGCUUCUCAGGUCGGACGAUCAUUCAGACAGAAAUGAGACUUUUGAAGUACAAACACUCGAUACUUUUCUAGAGUCCACACCAAGGAUUGGGCAGAGACUGAAAGUUGGUCUCCAACUGAUUCAAACCGUCCUCGCACUUGGCGUAUGUCCAUGGGUCCCUGAAACCUGGAGCCAGACCGAAGUCCUGCUUAUACGGAACCCAGAUUCCGCCAUGCCAACGCCAUAUAUCUCUCACCAGUCAAUCAGAAACACCCUCAAAGGCAAACAAAAAGUCCAGCCCUGCGUUCAAGCUCGUAGCAGCCUCUUUGCUCUCGGGGUGCUUCUACUAGAGCUUUUAUUUCGCAUAAAGCUAGAGAGCUUGCCACUUCGCGACGAAUACAUAGGUGCAGCAGGACAAGCCCUGCAGAUAGCUGAUCUUUGUACUGUCAUUCAGUGGCAGAAAAGCGUUGAGGGACAGUUUGGUGAUAAGGUUGCGGAUGCAAUUAGAAGGUGUAUCCUUUGUGCUUUUGAAGCUCAGCCAGAUUUAAGUGACUCGGCGUUUGUCAGGGCUAUUUGUGCUGGUGUUCUUCAACCUCUAGAAGAGUUUUUGUCUGCAUGGAUCUCAGAGUAA